AUGCCAGUACUCUUAGCGCAAGGUGCCGGUGACAAGGCACGGCCACAAAAGGAAAACCACUCAUCUCUUCUAAAUCAAUGGACCAGACUCACUCCUUCGGCCUGCCCAACUGAACCACGGCCAAAGUCCAACAACACGCAAAAGUCCUACGCUGAAGCCACAAAACCUAAGAAAACCUUCAUAGAUGAGAACGACCCCACAACAAGCAAAGCAAAAAGCAUAGAAGAGAUGCUUUUAAAGCAAGCAGAAAAAUUUGAUGUAAUCCUACAACAAAUGAGUAUGUUAAUCAAUCUCAUAACAACUCUAGUCACCAAGAUUUCACAA